AUGCCUCUUAAUCCUAUUCUAGAAGUUAAAUUGUUUGAUGUCUGGGGCAUUGAUUUUAUGGGUCCAUUUCCUCCUUCUUAUGGGAACAAAUUUAUUUUAAAGAUUGUUGAUUAUGUGAUCAAGUGGGUGGAAGCUGUUGCUUUACCCACUAAUGAUGCUAAAGUUGUGGUGAGAUUCUUAAAGAAAAAUAUUUUGACAAGGUACGGAACACCUCGCUGCAUUAUCAAUGAUGGUGGGAAGCACUUUAUCAAUCACCAAUUUGAGAGGUUGUUGGAAAAAUAUAGAGAAAGACACAAAGUUUCAACUCCAUAUCAUCCUCAAACCGGCGGGCUUAUUGAAGUAUCUAACCAAGAGGUUAAGAGACUUCUAGAGAAGAUUGAUCUUUGGCAAAGCCACAAAGCAUAUUGGGGAAUAUAUUCAUUAAACAUAGAUGAGAAGACAAUAGGAGAAAAGAGGUUGCUUCAGCUGGAAGAAUUGGAAGAAUUCAGAGGAAAUACAUAUGAGAAUCACAAGCUGUAUAAAGAAAGAAUGAAAAAGUGGCAUGACAGAAGAAUCAGGAAUAAAGAAUUUAAGGUUUGUCAGAAAGUCUUAUUAUUCAAUUCAAGGCUCAAACUAUUUCCUGGGAAGCUCAAAUCAAGAUGGACUGGUCCAUAUCAGAUUAUUCAAGACUCAGGAAAUGGGGCCUUUGAAACUCAAGGAUUUGAACACGGUCGUUCCUUCAAAGUUAAUGGGCAGAUGCUGAAAUUGUAUUCUGAUGACACCUUCAAUGAUAAAGAGGAAAGUAUCCCUCUCUCUGAUUCCACAUAA